AAGUUUAGAUAAAGAAAACUUUUACCUUAAGGGAAAGAAGAUACCAAAACCUUUCCACCAAUUAUAACCAAGUACCUCAACACAUGCACCUACCUUUCUUCUUAUACUUUUAAAAUAUCCUUCACUAUCUAGAGAGAGAAAAAUCCCUUUGAACUUCUUCCAAUGUUGUCACUCCACCAUAAUAUCCUAAAUCUCUUAUUCCAAGAACUGACGAUAUUUCUUUAAUUGCAGAUUCAAUAGCAUCGCUUAUGAAUCCCAAAAACAUUAAAAAAGGGAGAAUUGCCUACUCAAACUAUCAUAUCUCAUCGAGAGCAGUGACAUCAGAUGGUGGAGCAGGACUAAUUACAUCAAAUAGACAUUCAGCUAGCUUGAAGAUCAAACACACACGCCGAUUUCACCUCCUCCUCGUCCGUCCAACAAUAACAGCAGAUAGUAAAACAAAACUAGCUAGCUAUCAGAUAGGUAUUCAGCUAGCUUGAAGAUCAUCAACCACACACGCCAAUCUCACUUUCUCCUUGUUCGUCCUCCCAAUGCCAAAGCCAGUUUUAGGCCCGGAACGACGCACCAACCCUUUAAUCUGGGGUGUUGCCAUACUCUGCACCUUGAUAACCCUAUCCGUGAUCAUCACCGGCCUAGUCGUCUUCAUCGGAUACAUGGUCGUUAGGCCAAAAGUUCCACAAAUGUAUGUCAGAAGUGCAAAUGUGGACAAUUUCGCCUAUGACAUGUCUAAUCUCAUGUCAAUCAAACUCUCAAUUGUCAUCAAUGCUCAAAAUGACAAUGCAAAAGCCCAUGCAAGUUUUUAUGAGACAUAUUAUACACUAUGGUUCGAUGGUGUGAAAGUGGCUUAUUUAAGAUCUGACCCUUUUGAUGUAGCUAGAAAUAGCUCAAUUCCACUGUAUUAUCCUGUGGAGUCAACGUCGAUCGCGUUGACUCCGGAAGAAGGAGAAAUUGCUGAGUUGGCAUUGAGUCAGAGACAAGUGGCUCUUGAUCUUAAAGGAAGUACAAGAACUAGGUGGAGAGUAGGGAUAGUUGGUUCUGUUAAGUUCUGGUUGCACCUUAAUUGUAAGCUUAAGUUACCAUUAAAUGGAAGUACUGUUUACCCAAAAUGUAGCACCAAAUCAUAGAUAAAAGCAUAUGUUUAAUUUAUAAGCAGAGGCGGAGCUACGUAAACCCGUGAUCAAAAUAUUCUGUAUAGAUAGAUUUGUUUCAUUUAUAUAUUUGUAUACUAUAUGUUAAAUCUC